ACCGAAGAAACUGCAGAGAGAGAGAGAGAGAGAGAGAGAGAGAGACGGAACGAUGAGGAAAGAGAAAGCAAUGGAGGAGCCAAAGGUUCUUCUCGGGGGAGCGGAGAAGGCGGAAUGGCCGCAAAGAAGGCGGAAGAAGGGAGCCGCCGCCGUGAAGCUGGAGGGCUAUGUCGACGAAGGAGAGUCUCCGGUAGCCGGAGAAGAUGGGGGGACAACGGUGGGGAGAACGAAGAGCUUGACCGACGAGGACCUUGAAGAACUCAAGGGAUGCCUCGACCUAGGCUUCGGCUUCAGCUACGAGGAGAUCCCCGAGCUCUGCGGCACGCUGCCUGCGCUCGAGCUCUGCUAUUCCAUGAGCCAGAGAUUCCUCGACGAGCAGCAGCAACAACGAUCCGCUGCGGGGUAUAACGCCGUCAGUGCCAUCUCGCCGGUUCGAGUUGCUAAUUGGAAGAUCUCCAAUCCUGGGGACCAUCCUGACGAAGUUAAAGCACGUCUCAAGUAUUGGGCACAAGCAGUGGCAUGCACAGUCAAAUUAUGCAGCUAAAAAGGUUUCCUUCUCAAACCAGCCAUGGAGCUGCAGAGGCUUUCAUCCUUCGGAGUUUGGAACAAGAACUUGUGCCUUCCAAAUCUUACAGCCAUUGAAAGCUAAGAUCCUUCAAAUAUGAAAUUGUCUUCUUACAAUUUGCUGAUGGAAAUUAAGGGAGGCAUUUAGGAGGAAUUGGUAUGAUGUCUUAGCUGAACAAAUACGCAGAGAUGUUCACAAUGCAUGUUAUUAGCAUAUUACUUCUGUACAUAUUCAUCAUGGCUAAUUGUAUGAUUGUUUUAUUUUCUAAGGGAUUCUAAUGAAAAUAAUUUUUUUUUUGAUAA